AUGGCUCUUCCCGAUAAACAAACAUUGCCUAAAGGACGAGAUCCUAAAGGAGGAAAAGUCACGGAUUCUCACCACAACGCCACCAAACAAAAGGAUCCUAUGCGGUCAUAUGCACAAAUCCUGAAGUCGGAUCAAACCAGGGACACAUUUGAUCUGACAUCUCGCAACUCUGACGAGCUGGGCCAGCUCACCGAGGGGGGACAACUAUUCCUUCACGCCAGGGACAAGAACUCUGUGAUCAUCUCGACCGAGCAAUUCCUUGCAUUGCAGGUUUAUUUCAAGGAUCUUGCCAUAGUACUUCGUAGUCAGUUCACGGAUGCCUUGGGUCUUUGCAUCCGUAACGUCAGUCAAACCACCAAGUACUUUGAAAUCAAUUUUCGCACUGCUGAAGCCAGGGAGGCCGCCCUGAAGAAAGAGUUUACCUAUGAAGGAAAGCAAGUCAUUGUCAGCCGUACCUAUUCUAAGGACGCUACCAUUGUUCGGGUUAGUGUAAGCAAUCUACCUUAUGAAGACGAGGAGACGCUGAAGGAUGCAAUGUCAACAAUUUUUGGUAAAUAUGGAGAAAUCUUGGAGAUGGGUCUGCUCCAUACUGUGCAUGGGCACUUCUUUACUGGUAGAGGUUUCGUCACUUUGAAUCUCAUUCCUGGUAAAGAGUAUGCACCUCUGGUACCUCAAAUUAACUCUUGGGAAUCUGGUGAAACUCUCAAGAUUACCUACACUGGUAUGAAGCCUACCUGUAGUCGUUGUCAUGUCACUGAUCAUGUCUUUGGCAACUGUCCUGUCAUGAGUCAACGAGUGAAGCACUGUCAUAUCUGCAGUAGUCCUAAUCACUUACAAGCCACAUGUCCGGGCGCAUGGUGGAAUCAACGCAAGAAGGCUGCCAAGUUGAACACAACACACACAUCACCACAUCAGUCGAAGGCUACUGACAAGGAGGCAGCGCCUGCAGUACUUACACCUGCUAAGGCAGAUGUGAGUACUUCUGACAAGUCGAAGGUUACUAAACUCUUCAUUACAGAUAUCAUCCCAACAUCUUCUCAAGAAUCAACCAUCAUCACCAAUUCCAAUACCACGGAAUCCUCUUCUACUGUUGAAGAGACAGCACCCAUUCCAUCUAGUGAUGAGGAUGGAAAGGACGUCGCUGACACUGGGGAGGAGCUCACCAAGGCGGUUGAAGCGGGUGAUUCUGAACAAGAGAGUUCAACGGUUAUUCAGGAGCAACAGGGCGACGCUCCGGAAGAUGAUCUUAAUGAUGAGAUGGAUGGUGACGACGACGUCGAUGAUAGCGAUAUCAACAUGGAGGAAGCGGCCAAGGAGGCGGCAAGCAGCUCUAUACCUCUGGAUGAGGUUCUCCAGAAGAUGAGGCGCCAGCUCAGGCUUCAACGUCGCAAGGCCAAGCAAUUGCACAAGGACAACAAGGACAAAGCAUCGCGCCCUCGUCACGGUGGAAUGGCUUCGAAGAAGAAGGCUUCUACCAACCCCUCAUCACGUCAAUAA